AUUCGUGAACCGGCAAUGGCGAGCUCUCUGCAGCGCAUGUCAAACCACGCUCGUCUUCUCCGAGCCUCUGUUGCCUCAGGGUCCAGGCCGUUCUCGGCGGACGCUCUGGUCGAGUACAUGCCCGGUGAGAUCGGAAAGGUUGCUGGCAUUCCCGAUGAACAUCUCCGCCGGAGGGUUAUAAUAUACUCACCUGCAAGAACUGCGUCUCAGCAAGGAUCAGGGAAACUUGGGAAGUGGAAGAUCAACUUUGUGUCAACACAGAAGUGGGAGAAUCCAUUGAUGGGCUGGACUUCCACUGGGGACCCAUACGCACAUGUCGGUGAUUCGACACUGGGUUUUGACAGUGAAGACGCUGCAAGGUCCUUUGCAGAGAGACAUGGUUGGGAUUAUGUGGUUAAAAGGCGGCAAACACCAUUAUUGAGGGUGAAGGCAUAUGCGGACAACUUCAAGUUUAAAGGCCUACCAAAAACUGAGGAGAGUUGAUUUUGUUUCAAUGGUUUUGUUUCUGGGUUCUAUCUCAGGAGGGAGGUUGUGCAUCAAUGCUUUGCAGUUUCCUUAGUUGUAUUUCAUUGAACGUGUUACUUGACCCAAAGGAAACACACUUGAUCCAAAUGAAACACCGACUACAAUAAUAAACGGGAUUCAUGCUGUGAAGUAUCUCCCCCUAUUUCUUUGGCAUAAAUGACACUCCAUUUGUAUUCCCUCUAUGGUUGAUUGUAUUUUUACCGUUAUUGUAUUCCGUGUCGUAUUUUGUUAUAUUUUUGGCUUACAAUUCAGUGCAGUGUGAAUUGUUUU